AGAAUGGGCCAAUCAUAAUGCGAGUUUUCCCGACAGGGCGGGGUUAGGAGAGUUUGUAUGUGUGGAGUCUCCUGACCGGAUAGGAAGAGUCGGUUCGGUUUAUUUUCCGUUAUUCCGAUCAUUUAGUUGGAUGUUUUUACGGUUAUUAAAAGUGUAUUUACUGUGUAUUUUAUUUACCAUUAGAGCUUUAUAAAGCAGCAGCAGCAGCACUUAUCACUACAGUAGAUGAAGUGUUUCUAGACUGUAUCCAGUGUUUGUACCGUUAUUAGUCAGGGUCAGUAGUAAUUAGAUCAGUGAUGGGGAACCGGGGAAUGGACGAUUUAAUCGCUUUAAUUAAUAAACUCCAGGACGCGUUCAGUUCUAUCGGACAGAGCUGUAAUGUGGAGCUGCCCCAGAUCGCGGUGGUCGGGGGCCAGAGCGCCGGAAAGAGCUCCGUGCUGGAGAACUUCGUGGGCAGGGAUUUCCUCCCGCGUGGGUCCGGUAUCGUCACUCGCCGGCCGCUCGUCCUCCAGCUGCUGAACAGUAAAGCAGAGUACGCAGAGUUCCUGCACUGCAAGGGCCGCAAGUUCGUGGACUUCGACGAGGUGCGACUGGAGAUCGAGGCCGAGACCGACCGGAUCACCGGAUCCAAUAAGGGGAUCUCACCGGUUCCCAUCAACCUGAGGGUCUACUCACCCAACGUGCUGAACCUGACUCUGAUCGAUCUUCCCGGCAUGACCAAGGUUGCCGUGGGCGACCAGCCACAGGACAUCGAGUUCCAGAUCAGGGACAUGCUGCUGCAGUUCAUCACUAAAGAGAGCUGCCUGAUCCUUGCCGUCACUCCGGCUAACACCGACCUCGCCAACUCAGACGCCCUCAAAGUCGCCAAGGAGGUGGACCCUCAAGGUCUGCGCACCAUCGGCGUGAUCACCAAGCUGGACCUGAUGGACGAGGGGACCGACGCCCGGGACAUCCUGGAGAACAAGCUGCUGCCGCUACGUCGAGGUUACAUCGGCGUGGUGAACCGCAGUCAGAAGGACAUCGACGGCAGGAAGGACAUCCGCGCCGCUCUGGCCGCCGAGAGGAAGUUCUUCCUGUCUCAUCCGGCGUACAGGCACAUGGCAGAGAGGAUGGGCACGCCCUACCUGCAGAAGACGCUCAACCAGCAACUGACCAAUCACAUCCGAGAGACGCUGCCCAGCCUGCGCAGUAAGCUGCAGAGUCAGCUCCUGUCCAUGGAGAAGGAGGUGGAGGACUACAAGAACUUCAAACCCGACGAUCCCACACGCAAGACCAAAGCUCUGCUGCUGAUGGUGCAGCAGUUCGCUCUGGAUUUUGAGAAGAGGAUCGAGGGAUCUGGAGAUCAGGUGGAAACUCUGGAACUCUCCGGAGGAGCUCGAAUCAACCGCAUCUUCCACGAGCGCUUCCCCUUCGAACUGGUGAAGAUGGAGUUUGAUGAGAAGGAGUUGAGGAGAGAGAUCAGUUACGCCAUCAAAAACAUCCACGGUGUAAGGACGGGCUUGUUCACCCCUGACCUGGCGUUUGAGGCCAUAGUGAAAAAGCAGAUCAUUAAACUGAAGGAGCCGUGUCUCAAAUGCAUCGACCUGGUCAUCCAGGAGCUCAUCAACACAGUCAGGCAGUGCUCCACCAAGCUGGGCUCGUACCCCCGGCUGAGAGAGGAGACCGAGAGGAUCGUCACCACCUACAUCCGAGAGAGGGACAGCAGGACCAAAGACCAGGUGAUGCUGCUGAUUGAUAUCGAGCUCUCCUACAUUAACACCAAUCAUGAGGACUUUAUUGGUUUUGCUAACGCCCAGCAGAGCUCCAGCGUGACCAAGAAGAGAGCCGUGCCCAACCAGGUGAUCAGGAAGGGUUGGCUGACCAUCAACAUCAGUAUAAUGAAGGGCGGGUCCCGGGACUACUGGUUCGUCCUGACGGCCGAGUCUCUGUCCUGGUACAAGGACGAGGAGGAGAAGGAGAAGAAGUACAUGCUCCCUCUGGAUAACCUGAAGAUCAGAGACGUGGAGAAGGGCUUCAUGUCCACCAAACACACCUUCGGCAUCUUCAACACCGAGCACAGGAACGUGUACAAGGACCUGCGUCAGAUCGAGCUGGCCUGCGACUCCCUGGAGGACGUGGACAGCUGGAAGGCCUCGUUCCUGCGGGCGGGGGUGUAUCCCGAAAAAGACCAGGCGGAGCACGAGGAGGGCUCUCCGGCCGACACCUUCUCCAUGGACCCUCAGCUGGAGAGGCAGGUGGAGACCAUCCGCAACCUGGUGGACUCCUACAUCGGCAUCGUCAACAAGAGCAUCCGCGACCUCAUGCCCAAGACCAUCAUGCACCUCAUGAUCAACAGCACCAAGGACUUCAUCCACCAGGAGCUCCUGGCGUUCCUCUACUCCAGCGCCGACCAGAGCGUCCUGAUGGAGGAGUGCGCCGACCAGGCCCAGCGCCGGGAGGAGGUCCUGAGGAUGUACCACGCCCUCAAGGAGGCGCUCGGCAUCAUCGGCGACAUCAGCACCUCCACCGUCUCCGCCCCGCUGCCCCCGCCCGUCGACGACACCUGGCUACAGCCCGAACCCAGCCCUCCAGCUCAGACCAAGCCUCCGGUCUCCGCCCCUCCUCCCAACCCCCCGCGCCCGCCCGCGGUCCGAGGCUCCGCCCCCGGACCCCCCCCGAGCUCCGCCCCUCCGCCGAUGCUUCCUCCGGUCCCUUUCAGACCGGGAGCGCCGGCGAGCGCAAAUUCUUAUGGGGGAGGAGCCAUGGACUCGAGCUCCGCCCCUCCGCCGCAGGUCCCCAAUCGGCCUUUUCGAGUGCCGCUGACUUUACCGCCUGGCAUCCCGAGACGACCCCCAGCGGCUCCCAACAGACCCACCCUCAUCCGGCCGUCCGAACCAUCCCUGCUGGAUUAGAGCACACACACACACACACACACACACACACA